AUGUCUGACCAGUCGAUGGGCAAUGAAAGCGAUACCUCCGGAGUGUCUUUCCGGCCAGACUGCGACGGCGAAGAAUCAGAUGACGGUCAACUUCGCGGCUCGACAGCCCAGACUUCGCCAGAAAUUCCUUCGCUUCCCGAUCGCCCCGAGAAGUCUCCACGCACUCCCAAAGCCUCGGCAAGGGACCGUGUCUGCCCCGAUACGUUACCUGAUUUCAGCGACGACCCCGACGAUGACACAGAUGAGGAUAUCGCAAAUGUUCCUCUGGACUACGGGCGUUCCGACCGAACCUUGGUUCGUCGGGCCCGGAUCGAGCAACGUUGGCACAAGUACUGUGGAGUAAAGGCUGGAGGCUCUGAUGCGCAUCCAAAGUGGAGCGAUGCGGAGGAGGCUCUUCGUCAAGUCACCUCCAACGAUGUCCAUCGAUUCCUCAACUACUGCAUGAAACUCAAGUACGGUGUAGAUGGCAGACACCUGAAGGGCACAAAUAAAGCGAGCGCCCUUAAAGCAGAUUGGAAGGGGUUUCAAGGUUACUAUUGGAGAAUCACCCGCGCCAAGCUCAGCCCUGAAGAUAGAGAAGAGAUCAAUGCCGGGAUUCGCAAACUGAUCGACAAGUUCGACCUAGAUGACCAAGAGCGAGGCAAGGAACCAGUCUACGUCCAAGACUUGACCGAAUUGAAUGAGACCAUUCUCCGAACACAGGAAAGGCGAUUCAACUUCGGAUAUGAGCGUAUCCAGAUGUGUCUUUUCAGCAUGAUUGGCAUAUUCACGGUGAAUCGACUGAGUGCUCUGCUGUCCUUGCAAUUCAAGCAUCUCCAGUUCUCUGUACAAAAGGAUCCUCAGGGCGGCCCUCCCGUCCUUCUGGCGGAGGUCAGGUCAGAGCAUACGAAGCAAUUCUUCGGGUCUGAAGCUAUUAACACCUUUCCGUUCCCCGAAAUUAUUGACGAUCCGUCGCUUAUCUUCAGUCCCCACGUUUUCAUCUUUGGUAUACUUUUCUGGCUGCAGGCUUUUGAAUCCCCGGCCCUUUCCUCUAUGGAAAAACUCCGAAGUUUAUUUGUUGAAGGUGGUCGCCAGCAGAUGCCACUCCCCUUGAAACCUGAGGUAGAGGAAUAUCAUAUAUUUUGCAAAACUGAAGUGGUCAACGGGCACCCGGUUCUUCGGUGGGAUCAACCUAUGCUCACUGGCACAAUGUCUGCUCGACUGAAGAAUCUCGGGGAGAUUCAUGGUUGGCUUCAGUCGAUGUUUGCGCACCGCAUGCGCUAUGGAGGUGGAAAGAUGUUGAAUAAUAGUGAUGCGGUCAGCGAAGCUCAGCAAAAUUUGAUCAUGAAACACGCAGAUUCUCGCACAUUCCUCAACCAUUACCUUCCGCGACACGUUGACACGGACAUGCAAAAUGUAAUGAACGGCCGCCAAUCCAACAAACCACUCAUGCGUGCAAUCACCCGCAUGAGCAGGUGGAUUGAUACCAGACGGCCUCGACACCUGACUCCUGAGCAACGAGCGUCGAUCCGUGAACAUCCAGAGUAUGUCGAAGUGGUCCGGCGAUUGAAUGAGCAAGCUGAAAUCUGCAUCUAUGACCCGAGUGAACAGAUGCAAUUGCGACGUGACAAACUAACACGCGAAAAGCUCAACACUUUUGGUCGGCUAGAGAGGGCAUUGAGAAAAAAGGUUCGAAUGGAGUUUGAUCGGAAACAGGCGAAUAUAGACAUUGAGCGACAGCUCUCCGGGGCGGCUAUCGACAACGAGGAAGCGAAAAACGUGUUGCGAACAGACAGUAUGCUGCCAGAGCAGAUUGAUCUUCUUGAAAAGUUGUUGACUUGGCCGACUUCCCAUUCACUGGAGGCAGAAUGGCAGAGACGAAAUGCUGCUGUCGCUGUUAUCUCGCAAUAUUGCUGUCACCUUGAAGGCGGGCCACUGCGUGGACGACGUAAACGGCCGGCUCCAAGCGAUGAGCCUGACGAAGAGCACACAGCGAUGGCAGUGCAAACAACAAAGACACUCGUCAUUCCUCCUGAAAUUUCGAAGGAAGAGUUGCUUCUGGAGAAGACUGGAAACCAUAUCCGGAAGGCUAAAAGACCUCGACGAUGUUUCCAGUGUUAUGGCGAUACCCGGUUGUCUAUUCAUCGUCGAACACAAAAGUAUAGCGAAUACAAAUCAACUUUGCGACACUUUCGAGGAAAGCACUUGGAGGAUCGGAGGUGUCAUAUGUGUAGCGAGGAUCUCCUACACGAAAUGCAUCUUCGCAGGCAUGCAGAAGAUGUUCAUCGUCUUGCUACCGAACGCAAUUACUACGCAAAAGAAGAGUCAGGAUCGGACAUUGAUACGGACUGA